UCCUGAAGGUGAAGGUCCCCAGCUUCUCCAAUCCAUCCACAGACCUGAACCUGAACUCUAGAAAAACAUUUGCACUUUUCUACACCGUAUCAUCCUUUCUAAAGGGUUAUAGUUAAGAAACACCAGAGGUGUUAUUACAAGACUGGAUAUUUUCAAGGGUUCGCCAACUCAUGGAAAAGAUGGCAACUGCGAUGUCUGUGAACUGUCACGGCCAGCUUGCGGUACUUUCCGGGCGCCGCUUCUUAUAUGUUAUAAAUUUAGAUGCUCCCUCUGAAGUACCAAGAAAGGUUGCUAGACAAAGCAAAUGGGACAUUGGCGUGGUGCAGUGGAAUCCCCAUGAGACCUCUUCGCACUACUUCGCAGCUUCAUGUAACCAACGAGUGGACCUGUACAAAUGGCAUGAUGGAAAUGGGGAGAUCCACACUUCACUACAGGGUCAUACUCGUGUUAUAAGUGAUUUGGAGUGGUCGUGCUUUGAACCGGAGCUACUUGUGACGAGCUCUGUUGAUACAUACAUCUAUAUUUGGGAUAUCAAGGACACACGGAAGCCAUCAGUAUCUCUGUCUGCUGUAGCUGGAGCCUCUCAGGUAAAAUGGAAUAAAAAGAACCCAUGCUGUUUAGCAACAAGUCAUGAUGGAGAUGUGAGAAUCUGGGACAAACGGAAACCUAAUACAGCAGUGGAAUAUAUUGCUGCUCACUUGUCAAAAAUCCAUGGACUGGAUUGGCACCCAGAAAAUGAACACAUCUUUGCUACAUCAAGCCAGGACAACUCUGUCAGAUUCUGGGAUUACAGACAACCAAGGAAGUACCUGAACAUCCUGUCAUGUCAAGUCCCAGUGUGGAAGGCCCGUUACACUCCGUUUAGCAAUGGCUUAGUGACGGUAAUGGUCCCACAGUUACGUCGUGGUGAGAAUAGUCUCCUUCUAUGGAAUGUUUUAGACUUAAAUGUCCCAGUUCAUACCUUUGUUGGACAUGAUGAUGUGGUGCUGGAAUUUCAUUGGCGAAAACAGAGGGAAGAAUUGAAGGACUAUCAGUUGGUUACCUGGUCACGUGACCAGACUUUACGAAUGUGGCGGAUAGACAUGCAACUGCAGCGGCUCUGUGCGAAUGAUAUGCUAGAUGGCGAUGAGUUAACUGAUGGUGUUUCCCUGCUGCCAGAGACAGAAAAAGUUCUUCAUUCACAGGACACUGAUCCUCACCCAACACUAAGUCAUGUAAACGAAGAGGAUGAAGUACUGCGAGAGGAUUUUCACAACCACGUCGCAAUCAGCUCCAAACCUGAUUACCUUGGACUACCACAGACAUUGCAGCAAGAAUUCUCACUGGUUAAUCUACAAAUCCGUAAUGUAAUGGUUGAUGAGAUGGAUGCUGUAAAUCGCAACUGCACAGUCUCGGUACAUUGUGGAAAUCUCCGGGUGAAAAUGGUUGUGAUGUUUCCAGUACAAUAUCCAAACAAUGCUGCUCCUUCUUUCCAAUUCAUUAACCCCACUACCAUCAGCUCAAGCAUGAGGACAAAACUUCUGAAGAUUCUGAAGGAUACAUCCCUCCAGAAAGUGAAACGAAACCAGAGUUGCUUGGAACCUUGUUUGCGCCAGUUGGUGUCUAGUCUGGACGCGAUUGUGAAUCAGGACAACAGCGGCUCUGUUAAUUCCCAGAAUCCAUUUGUCCUUGGAAAUUCUGUCACGCCUCCACUGCCAACUUUUCCACGAGUCACUAACACGUAUGGUUCCUACCAGGAUGCCAACAUUCCUUUCCCUCGAACCUCUGGGGCACGUUUCUGUGGAGCUGGUUACCUUGUAUACUUCAUGAGACCAAUGACUCUUCACAGGACAGUGUCCCCAACGGAGCCCACACCCAGAUCAUUGUCGGCUCUCUCUGCCUACCACAGUGGCGGAAUCACCCCGAUGAAGAUCCGUACAGAAUCACAGACUAACUUGAGGCUUUACAGUGGGAGCCCAACUCGCAGUGAAAAGGAGCCAGUCUCCAUUAGCUCCUUCUAUUACAAGGAGCGAAAAUCACGCCGAUGGAAGGGAAAGCGAGAAGCAACUGACUCAAACAAUCGGCCAAUCAAAGCUGCAGGAAAAGUCAUUAUCCAGGACAUCUCCUGUCUCCUUCCUGUGCAUAAAUCGCUUGGUGAAUUGUAUAUACUAAAUGUGAAUGACAUCCAGGAUACGUGUCAGAAGAAUGCUGCUGCAGCUUUAUCAGUUGGACGAAGAGACCUUGUACAAGUGUGGUCUCUGGCUGCUGUUGCUACAGACUCCUUCCUCAGUCCCCAUUCAGACCCUGAUGUCGAGACACCGUGGGCACGGCAUCCGUUUGGCCGACAGCUACUGGAGUCACUCCUGACUCAUUACAGCACCAUACAUGAUGUUCAGACUCUUGCCAUGCUGUGCAGCGUGUUUGAGGCCCAGUCCAGGCCUCAGGACUAUGGCAGCAUAGGACAGCAGGUCCACCAACGCACUUCUCCUUUUUUGCAUUCUUCAGGUUAUGCCUCUUCAGGAUCCUACUCAAGCACAUCUGAAACCACUGUCUGGUCUGCUGGAUGGAACAUAGUGGGCCGGGAACCAGAACAUCUUAAUUCUUGGUGUUACGAAUCACCAGAUGAUUAUCGGUAUGGGAAUCACAUUUACACUGAUCCUAAAGAACGUGAGAAGGAGCAGCAUGAAAGGAAUAAAAAGCUACUUGAUCCAGCCAAUAUGCUGCAAUAUGAUGACUUUAAGAAGUGUUACGGGGAGAUCUUAUAUCGCUGGGGUCUGCGAGAGAAGCGAGCAGAAGUGUUGAAGUUUGUUUCCUGCCCUCCAGACCCUCAUAAGGGGAUUGAAUUUGGUGUGUACUGCUGUCACUGCCACAGUGAAGUCCGAGGGACACAGUGUGCUAUUUGCAAAGGAUUCACCUUCCAAUGUGCUAUCUGCCAUGUUGCUGUUCGCGGAUCUGCCAACUUCUGUCUUACCUGUGGGCAUGGUGGCCACACUAGUCACAUGAUGGAAUGGUUCAGGACCCAGGAAGUGUGUCCCACAGGCUGUGGCUGCCAUUGCCUACUAGAGAGCACAUUUUAAAAGAAAUCUGCUACUGCUGCUCGUAAUUAGAGGCCUUGAACAGUGUUCCAAGAUAUUCUGUCUGUCUAUUCUUAACUGAGAUUGUGACUGUCUGUUGAUCAGAGAUGUGAAAAAUUUAAUCAAUGAAUGAACCUUAAGACUGGAAUUUUAUUCUUUGAGGCACCAGGAUAAAAGUUCAGACUUCUACAACAUCUGAAUUCUGCUUCAAGGAAUGGAGGGAGCAUGAUUUGCACAUUCUCCAGUACAGCAACAAUGAAUUUUCAAGUUGAAAAGCAAGACUUAUUUACUAGAGCAUAUUUUAAAAUGGACUGAAAUGGGAAUUUGUUUACUUGUUAACAGUUAUCAUCGUCCAGCUGAUGAUGGUCAUUGCUGUCCAGCUGUUGAUGGUGAUCCUACAUACUUGUCAUGUACGAGUGAAUAUACUUCAGACUUGAAGUGACCACAAUCCACAAAGCCGUGAUUGGUAAGUCAGACCUUUUUGGCGGAAGUAUUAUGCUCCCUCAGAGGUUUGUGCAGUUGUCCCCAGUUUCACAGCUUGCUGCUAGUCUGUUUCCAUAAUACAUGUGCAGUAUUUAUCUUGACUUAAAUUGCACAGUCAGACUAAUUUAAUUCAAUAAGGUACUCAUGCAUCCUUGGUUUACUGCUGCCUUCACUCUUGGAAGUGGACUAAAUAUCAGCUCAGACUAACUGUUCUGUCUGCUUAGUAUCAGACUCGAAACAUGUGGGCAGCUUAGAAUGCUUAUGCAAUAGGGGGUUCUCUCUGAAACCUGGGGCUUAAGCUCAUUCCUGGAUAUAUUAGACAGUAUCUUUCUGACUGCAGUCCCUAACCUGGGGCUGCUUGAUAUCUCUAUUCCUAACGUCUUUCAUCUUGAGCACAAAAUAAUAAAGUUGAUUGGGUGGCUCUUGAAUGGAUUGACCACAUCAAAUACUAUGCCAUCUUUCAUCAUCUUUAAGAUCAUGUGAAUGGGCCCUUUAGAUAAAUUGGCAGGCUUUGUCAGAGGUUAAGGAAUUGCCCAGCAAAUGAUUGGAUGGUGGAAGUGAACUAAAUUGUGAGCAUAGGUACUAACCAUAGUACUGACACAUGACUUACCGUUUGCUACCAUUAAUGCGACUGGGCUUGCUUGAUUUUGCAAGACAUGAAGCACUUGCAUUGUAAUUUCUACUGCUUUAAACAGUGACUGGAAGUAUUUUAGCCAUGUUAGUGAUACAGAACUCCAAAUUGAAGCAUUUCGUCUGCAGUAAAAGCCAUUCUUCAGGUUAAUUUUGGGAGAAGCACUGUUUCUGUUUAUUUUCAAUUGGACUUCAGUGAAAGCCACUGCACAUUUUGUUUGAAAACAUUGAUCCUCUCAGAAGCAUUCGAGACUCCUUCCAAGAAGAGGGUGCAGUGGGUUUCCUUUUUUUAAACUUUGCAGCAGUAUCUAUGUGACUGACGUUUUUAGCUAAACAUCAAUCGUUCUUGUUGGCUGUAAAACGAAUAGCAAAUCCAUAAUAUAUCUUUAUUCAAGGAACUACCUGGCUGUCUGCAUAGUGGCCGAGUUAAAAAGAAGAUAAACCCAUGGGUCAUAAAAUCCCGCAACCCCUUGAAACAACAUUUCAAACUGGAACUAUUAUAUGUGUCACUUUAAGUAUUUCAGCCAUUUGCACGUUGAUUUUUUUUUGUUAUAUAUACAUAGUUUUCCUAACUCUUUCCCACCUUCCUUCUAAUUUGGUUCUUUGUGUUAGUUCACACAAGGUCCAGAAUUAUUUAUGUUGCAUGAUUAUUACUUAAUUUUGUACCUAUAUGAAAUUAGCAGAUUGCUGUAAUGUUUGGUGAACCACUCUGUUUUUACAGUGUGGGAAAUUAAAUGGAAAAAUAAGAUGUAGAUCAGAAUUGUGUUUCUAGAGGUGGCACGUGUGAAGGCAGAAAAGCAACUUAAUUAGAUAAGAGGGUGUUGUAUCUGAAAUCAGCUGCCAUCCCAUUUCCACUGGGGUGGGAAGGUCCACCAUCAACUUCUUGAAAUCUUUGAGUACCUGAUUGAGGGAGUGGACAUAAGACAGAAGUUUCCACCCAGAGUCAACCCUUUCCCAUGUUACUGAAGCUCUUGACCAUUCUCCCUGUGACCGUUAAGCCCAGAACUACCCCUACAAAUCACUUAUAUCCUAAUCCUUUUUCGAUCCUGAAUGUCUUCCCAUUCGUAGUUACAACACUCUGUGGUGGAUGGUAGGGAUGUUGAAUGCAAGAGUCUCUAACUGGUCAGCAGCUCUCAUCUGGUGGGAUUUUGACACCAGUGAUUAAAUGCCAUGGUAGCUCUGCCAGUGGCUUCACAUGUUCUCAUUUACAUUAAAUAGCAAAAGAUGUCAAGCUAGCUCAUGGGAGCCCCACACCACAACAAGAUUUGAUCUGGGUCUGUGCAUAUCUGAAGUUUCCACAUAUGCCUCUGAUCUCCCAAUGUCCAUAACAUCCCUACCCUCCCACAGUAAACUUUGUUGCAGUUCCUUGAAGUCUGCUGUUCUGACUGAGCCUGCCGCCUCCACUGUGAAACUUGAGUAUUUAAUGUCCCUGAAAUGCCCCUCCCUGUGUGACUGGGCAGUUAUCUCUAAAUCUCCCAAUGCCCCAGGCCUCUUGCACUAUUGCCCCUGAAUCUCAGUUAUUUCCCCAGGCACCCUGCAGUCUGGUUUCCAUACAGCUUGUUUUUCUCCUGGUACCUGCUGAUCUGCAAAUUAUAUAAAAUUUUAAGUUUAAUUAUUUGUGAGCAUUUUAGCUCUUCCUUCCAGAAACCUGACCAUAAAUCUUGUAAAUCUGGUUAAACAUCCAUGGUAUUGAGAGGCAAUAACACUCGUGUCUUUAGGAUGUUGCUUUCCUAUCAGUCAUGAGGUGCCAGUUAGUUCAAAUUGAAACUAAAAGCUGAAUUGAAUUUGUGCUAAUUCUGUUAAUUAUGAAGGAAGAAUCCAUGGCACAGGAAGAGCAAUAGCAAUCUGACCAUUUCAUUAAUGUCAGGAAGAGGAAGAACAAUACUUCUCCAGGAAACUUGAAACCGGAGGGAAUAUUAGUUUGCCUUCACGAAUGUUAUUUUUUAUGUUGCCUAUAAUUUUUUAAUCUGUCCCAGUCCAUGGUAUGUACAUUUUUCUGUCCCUUGAAUAGUUGAAUAAACAGCAGGCCUGCUCAUCAGUGGUUGGGGAGUUAAUUCCAUCUUCCAUUCCAAAGUUAUUACACUUGCCAGCAUUGUUUAUUCUUAUCAUAUGGCCAAGUGCCUCCGAAUACUGUGGUCCCGACAUUCCUGCUAUUGAUCAUCUGACACACAUUGCAUUCCCUCACAAAUUAGAACAUGAUCAGAUUCUUCCUUGUCUGAUUGAUUCCUGACUGUCAGAUAGCCUUUUGUCAAGCCAUCUUUAUUAUCAUGAAUUAAUAAGUGUUCCAGGUAAUUUCAAAAAGGUCACUUUUUUUUAAUGCCCCUGCAUGACUUUUCUGUUUGGUUUUCAGCAGUAUCCCGGAAAUUAAUCUUUAAUUCCUUGUGAAUCUCUGAUGCUUUUGGAUGUUUAACAACCCCACAAGCCCCACAUUUUGAUCAUGUAUCAUCUUGGUGUUUUUGUUUUGACUUGCAUGUUCCCGAGGUGCUCCUUCACGUUUGCGCUGUGUUGCAUUCAGUAUAAUAGAAUGCAUGUACAACCAUUCAUUAAGAAUUUACUUAAUGAGUGGAUCAUUAACUUUUAAAUGUUAGCACUGCUCCGUUUCGGCUGAAGAUCCUGUAUUUUGAAGCUGCUGAGUCCGAGAGCUUCAACACUGAUUUGUAAUUAAGUUGUAAAUUGUGUACAAAGAGGAUGUUGUACAUACUAUUCAAAGUAAAUGUUUGUCUAUGUAAAA